UAUAAUCACUAUGGCCAAGAGAUUUAUGACUAUAUUAUUUCUCUUAGCCAUGGUUAAUUUGAGUUUGACUAUGGACACUAAUGAAACAGUAAAAUUGCCUGCAAUUUACAUCUUUGGGGACUCAAUUUUUGAUGUUGGUACCAAUAGCUUCUUGCCUAAUUCAUCAUCUAGAGCAGAUAUGCAAUUUUAUGGGAUUGAUUCUCCAUUUCAAAAGCCAACUGGGAGAUUUAGCAACGGCUAUAACGCUGCCGAUCGCAUUGUGAACUUACUAGGAUACAGCGAGAGUCCACCACCAUUUCUUUAUCUAAUCCAAAAUUACACUGAAAAUUUCAAGACUGAAAACAUCAAAGGUGUCAAUUUUGCUUCAGGAGGAUCAGGACUUCUAAACGAUACAGGAAAACGCUUUAAUAGGGUUAUACCGAUGGUAGAGCAGAUCCAACAAUUCGAAACCGUUCACGGAAACAUCUCACAAAAUCUAAACGACCCUUCCGAAUCUAGAAUUCAUCAAUCUCUCUUCCUUUUUAGCGUUGGAAGUAACGACAUACUUGAAUUCUUUGAUAAGUUUAGAAAAACCAAUCCAGACAAUGCCACACAAGAGGUGCAACAAUUCAUUACUACUCUUAUGAAUCAGUACCAAGCACAUCUCCAGAAUCUACUAAACCUUGGAGCAAGAAAAUUUGGCAUAUUAAGUGUACCUCCUGUGGGUUGUGUCCCAAUUUUACGUGGCACAAACAGUGAUGGGCAGUGUAUAAACGAACUUAAUGUUAUUGCACAAUUUUUCUACUUAGCACUUAAUGGGGUAUUGCAAGAUUUGAAUUCAGAGUUUCCAGACAUGAAGUACUCACUUGGAAAUACAUUUGAAAUCAUCUAUAGCAUGACCGACAAUCCUCCAUUUCCCAUACUAGAUGUAAAAUCAGCAUGUUGUGGAAAUCAAACACUCAAAGAUGGAGUACCAUGUAGCCCUGAUGCCAAAGUGUGUGAAAAUCGAAGCCAUUUCUUGUUUUGGGAUCAAUAUCAUCCCUCAGAGUUUGCUUGUACUCUAGCUGCUCAUAGUCUUUGUAAUGGUGAAAAUCCAUAUGUAUCACCAAUUAAUUUCAGUGUACUCUUUCAACCUUCAUAA